UUUUCAACAAAAUAAGAGACUGUAAUUAGAAACCUCCCCUUCCUAAUUAUAGAGAAGCUGUGUCUCCCUCUAGAGGCAGCUAUUGUGCACAUCAGUGAGUAAAUGGAGCACAACCAGAAGGACUACAGAGAGUAACGGGAUUUGAUUUAAAGUGCGAUCUCCUUUAUGGAAAUAUACCUGAGUGAGUCAUUGGAUGAUUUCACAUCUUUUUAUUGGACGAUAACUCGGUACAUGCACAAGUCUGUGGUAAAAAAAAAUAUGCCAUUGUGUUACCGCUAUAGUGAGCGUGAGGGAAACCGUUAGUUGUGGCUGGAAAGCAGGUUGAAGUAGCUUUAAUGCACGGACACUUUGAUUUUAUCUAUGUUUUUUAUAUGACAACGAAACAGGGGAAACUAUCUUCCUUCCUACCUGUUGCUUCACCAACUCGAUGCGCAAGUGUGGCCGCAAGUUUUCUGCACAGAAAAAGUUGCUGCAUGGGUACUAGGUGCUCAUUUCCUGUUUCCUCCUGAGAGCCAAACCUGUCCGGAUGAUUUGAUCUCCUUUCAUUUAUAAAGUGCCAUGUUCUUCAGCAAGCCGACAUGUCAAAUCGCACAGAAAUGGCAUCACCGAAGACUUUACGAGAGUGGUGCCGCUGCACAUGCGCCAACUACCCCGAUGUGGAAAUUAGGAACAUGUCAACUUCAUUCAGAGAUGGACUUGCUUUCUGUGCCAUCAUCCACAAACACCGACCUGACUUGAUAGAUUUCAGCUCCCUCUCCAAAGAUAAUGUCUAUCAAAACAACAAACUGGCCUUUGAGACUGCGGAGAGGAAGCUGGGCCUCCCUGCGCUACUGGACCCGAAGGACCUGGUGUCCAACAAGGUGCCCGACUCUCUGAGCGUCAUCACCUACAUCUCCCAGUACUACCACUUCUUCAACAGGAAGUCUUAUGCAGGUCUUCCCAGUCUGAAAUCACCCCACGUCACUUUCCUGAACAACCUCACAAAGAGUAAAACCCCCGAUGGUCUGAAGCCCCUGAAGAACCCGACUGAUCUUGAAACCGGUAGAGAAGAUCGUCUGUCCAACACGAGGCCGUGCACAGUGUGUAGUUUGUGUUUUAACUCUGUCCACCUCAUACAGAGACAUUUAAUGGACGGAAAGGUCUUCCAUCGCAGCUGUUUCAGGUGCAAAGUGUGCCACAGCACUCUUUUACCUGGGUCGUACACACUGAGGAGUGAGGAUGGCUCUCUGAUCUGCUCUCACCACAUAACAGACAGUCCGAGUGUUGAACUAAAUCAGCAAGUUACACCUCCUGAGAUCCUGCCAAAAUGUAAGUUUCAGGAAGGUUAUGUUUCUCUGGGGGGAUUGGCCGUCACCUCCGUCCCUUAUUACGGCAAAAAAACAGAGUCAGCGGACAGACUGGUUUUUAAAACACCAGAGAUGGAGGGGAAGGAAAAGCAAGAGAGAAGCAGCCGAGAUUCAGCUGAUGGAGUAAAGAGCGUGGAAAAGAAACCAGCGCCUCCUCUUCUUCCUCCACCUAUUGUUAAAGGCGGGACUGGUGAAGGAGGUGGAGCGGCACCCAUUCUGGCAGAAGAUGAGAGACAACAGGAGGCGACACACUCCUCUGAGCUUUCUACACCCUGCAUACGAGUCACAGAGGAAGGAAGCAGCCGUCCGGUUCCUGCUCCCCGACGGAUGCUGGACUCGGUCCCUGUUCCUGCUCCCAGGAUCAAAACUGCACCGACGACUAAAAGUGCCUCUGCUGCAGCCGGAAAUUCAUCAAUACCUAACAAGUGUUCACCCAACUCAUCUCACAUCAGCAGCCCGAGCAGAGGAAACCCUAAAGUACAGUCCAACCAUCCCUGGAUCACCAUCGUCCACCCGGGGCCCUGGACCCAGCUGCCCCCCGCUCCUCCUCCGGUCCCCACCCCUCGAUCCAAAUCUGGCUUUAACCAGAGGAGAACAUGGUACAAACCCCAAGUGCCCGCUCCCAAUCCGUUUGGAGAGGAGGAGGGGGAGGAGGAGGGGGAGGAGGACCCCAAGGAGGAAGAGGGUGCUAAACCUCAGGCUGUAGAACAAGCUGGAGAUACCAGUCAACUCAGUUUAUCAGAUUUGGAUGAAACUGGAAAGACGGGAGGUUCACCCCUGGAUGUGACUGAAGCAGAAGCAGCAGGGACAAAUGCCAUUUCAGAGGAAACACAGAGUCACAUUUUACCCAGAAGUCUCUCUGUGCCGGCCAUCACAUCUGCCCGCUCUCAAAGUUCCCUUUCCAGUUUUGACUUGACGGAGGAAACUGAAUCUGAUCAGGUCAUGUCAAGUUCAAGUAAGGUGGCCUGCAAAGAGAAUCCCUUUGAUCGGAAACCUGGAAUACCCAAAUCUAAAACCUUUCAGACCCUGCAGUCUGCGAGGGCCCCGGCCCCCGGACAUGGCUUCCCACUCAUCAAGAGGAAGGUGCAGACGGACCAGAAUGCGUCCUCAGCAGAUCUGCAGCUGGAGAUGAGUGAGCUGGAUAAACAUCUGGAGGAUCUGGAACAAAGAGGGGUCGAGCUGGAGAGGAAUCUGAGAGACUACAAGAACGAUAAAGAGGAGGAACAGAUGCUAAUGGAGUGGUUCUCUCUGAACCAUGAGAGACAUGUUCUGGUGCACAGAGGAACAGAGCUGUUUUAUCUGACGAAGCAGCAGAAGUUGGAGGAGAGGCAGGCAGAUGUGGAGUACGAGCUCAGAUGUCUCCUUAACAAACCAGAGAGUGACUGGAGUGAGGAGGAUCGGGGGCUGGAGGGGCAGCUGAUGGACGAGCUGGUCGCCGUCAUCGAGCAGAGGAACCAGAUUGUAGGCAGCUUGGAUCAGGACAGGCAGAGGGAAAGUGAAGAAGAUAUGCAUUUGGAAGCCAUGAGGAAGAACAAAGAUUUCCAGAAAGAAGGACUGAAGGACCUAAAGAAGUCAAAAGGAAAGUUCAAGCCGGCGAAGAUGUUUAAGAUGCUGAAUCACAAAGCAGAGAGCAACAAAGACUCUGUGGACAAAAAGAGCUGAAGUAUUAUCACAACUGCUGACAACAACUCAUACUCUGAGAGGAUAAAAGUGGAAUCUGAUAACAACAUGAAAAACCUUUUUUAUUUUACUUUGAAGAGCAGCUCGGUAACAUAGACUUGUUAUUCUCUAAUAUUAAUGUUUCAGUUUUAUCGGUGUACAUAUUCUCUAUGCUGUUCAUUUACUUUCCCUAUCUCCUGUAUGUAAUAUAUUUAUGUUUUAUUUGAUUACAUUUGUUAUAGUAUGCAAUAAAUAUGUAUA